AUGAACAACUACAUGACCAGCUCCAGCAAGACGCCCUCGGUGUUCAGUGCCUCAGAUAUCUUUGACGAUGUCGAUGAACAGGAUCGGCCAGAGAGUGGGCUCUUUAGCCAUUCAAGCACCAAUAACGAUUACAACUAUAUCAAUAUUCAUACUCCACAACGGAGAACUUCAAGCAUGUCCAAUGAGCAGGCAAAAGCUAUAAUAUUCAGUGCCUAUAAUGAAAACAAGAAGAACAGCCAUAAUCAUCAACUAUCCCAAGCUGAUCAUCAUCAUUAUGAACUACAUGCCAUUCCUUCCCAGUCAGCUUAUUCAGAUCCACGUUCUUCAGCAAAUUUGCCAUCAACUUCACCGCGCCUUUAUCAUAUAAGACUAUCGACAGAUGAUGAUACUUUCAAAACCAUUAUGAAGAAAGAUGAAAAUACAACAGUCGGAGAGAUUGUUGAAAUCUUACAGAAGAAAUUUAAAUUGGGUGAUCAUAUUUUAAUUAGUCUUGAAGAUGGUGAUAAUGUUGCUAAACAUUUAACUAAUAAUGAAAAAAUUGUUCAAUUGCAAAAUAGAUUAUUAAAGAUGAAUGGAGUUGAUGAUGAUGAUUUACCCAGUGCUUGCUUAAAGAAUGACGUUUCAUUCAAAUUUUUGAUUCAUAGGUGA